AACAGCCAGCUCGUCGUCGAGCAACUCAACAACGUCAUUCACCAGCUUCCUCGUCUGAGUCAUCUGACUCUGAGCCUGAGCCAGCUGCCCGUCUUGAUCGCCGCACUGAUGCACUGCCUGUCGAGCAUUUGUGCCAUGUUCCACCUGUUGAUGAUUACCAACGGCAAUUACCACAAUUUGCACCACGAAGGCCUGCUGGAUUCUACCCUCCUCAACCGUAUUCUACCACUGCUGUAGGAUUCUUUAAAUUGUUUUUCACCGACAACAUGAUGGAGAUUAUCAGAACAAACAGUAACAUCAACGGUGAAGAUAGCUGUAAAAAGAGUUAUAGAGGCAAAUCUGGAGGACGGCGAGGGGAGGGUAGUUUUCGACCAGUGACGGUUGACGAGAUGAACUCGCUGAUUGGGCUCUUGAUAUACAUGGGACUUGUCAAGGUUCCUGAGCUCUCAGAUUACUGGCUCACAACUUUUCUCUUUUACGGGUUGUGGGCCAGAAGGUUCAUGUCUCGCGAUCGUUUUGACACGAUCCUAUUGGUCCUACAGAUGGAAAAUCCUCGUAUUGAUAAGGACCAAGAGGCUGACCCAUUGAGAAAAGUAUUAGCACCGUAUAUAACGAAUUACGAAGAAAUUGUCUAGAAUAUGGUCAGCCUCAAGCCCGUGUCUCACUUGACGAGCUCAUGGUGAAAGCCAAAGGCCGUUUUGCUUUUAGGCAAUACAUAAAAAACAAACCCGUCAAGUGGGGUGUGAAGUUGUAUUGUGUAUGCGAUUCUAUUUCUGGCUACACAUACAACUUCGAUAUUUACACGGGCAAGGAGCGUCAAUCAUCAGUGGCGGCAACAGCGGGAACAACAACAUCACAAGCAGCAACAACAGCAGCUGCAACCACAACACCAUCAGCUGGCUCAGCUCGAAAACGACGGAAGACAACACGUCAGUCAGCAGAUGACACAAGUGUGAUCCAUCGUACAGUCAUGCGUAUGAUGGAUCCUCUCUUUGAUCAGGGGUACACUGUGUACACUGAUCAAUUCUAUACAUCAGGACCUCUGUUCAAGGAGCUCUAUGACCGGCAUACAAUGGCCUGUGGUACAGUCCAGAAAAACAGGAAGGGUGUUCCUGCCGAUUUGAAGAACAUUCGUCUGUUCUCAAAAUUGCCACGAGGUUCAUUUCGUUAUGAACGUGACGGUCCACUCUGUACCAUUCAAAUGGGUGGACCGUAACGUGGUAACACUUAUGAGCACCCUUCAUUCUGGACACCAUCAUGCUCUCUGCGAAAGAUUCACCAAGGAUCGUGCAAAGUAUGAUGGGCACCACAGGAUCCGUGUUCUCAGACCUGAGGCUAUUUGCGACUACAACGCCCACAUGGGAGGCGUGGAUAAGUCAGAUCAAAUGAUAAAGUAUUAUGAAGUAUUGCAUAAGAGCCUCAAGUACUGGAAGAAGAUCUUUCUGCACAUGAUUGACUUAGCUAUUCUCAACAGCUUCAUCAUGUUUACUGCCCUUCAAAAACAAUAUCCUCAAGAUGAACGUCUCCAGAGGAAAGGGCAGUAUGCGCAGAAAGACUUCAGGUGUGAGCUUAUCCGAGGGUUGGCAGGAAUUGACAUUAGGGAACCGUUAGCUCAAUAUUGUUUUUUAACAAAACGAAUGAUACAGAUUCCCGCACCGACACCACAGCAACGGAGACGACAACAAGAAGAAGAACAACAACAACAACAGCAAAGCCAGCAAUUACAAUUACUAUCACAACUACAACAACAAAGAGUGCACACACAAGAACAACAACUCAUGCAACAACAACAACAACAACAACAAGAACAGAUGCAACAACAACUCGCAGAUGCACAACAACAAAUACAGCAAAUGCAACAACGACAGAUGCAAGAACAACAACAACAACAACAACAACAGAUGCAACAACAACAGAUGCACCAACAACAACUACUAAUACAACAACAGCAACAACAAAUACAACAACAACAACUAGAACAGAUGCCAAACCCUCGGUAUAGCUCACACAUGCCGGUUAUAGCAGAGGGGCUAGUACGUUGCAUUGUUUGUGUAUCUGAAGGCAGGAACAACACAAGGACCAGGUAUCGCUGCCAAGAAUGCAACGUCCCCCUCUGUGUGGCAUCUGCUGACCGACAUUGUUUUAGACUUUAUCAUACGGAGAGGUACCAUACUCAGAAUGACUGAAUAGUGGCUUUAUAUUGUAUAUUUACCACACUAGGAAUUGACUGUAUAUAUUGUAUAUAUUUCUAUACAGUGUUGUAUAUUUCUAUUUAUAUGUUGUUGUAUAUUUCUAUUUAUAUAUUGUUGUAUAUUUCUAUUUAUAUAUUGUUGUAUUAGGUGA